GCGCAGGCGCGGCGGCGCCCCUCAGAGGUCGCUGGGUUUGUUUGCGCAGGCGCCCGUGAGGGCGUGGGCGCCGGCGUGAUCCCCAUGGAGUUACCUUAGCGGAGUCGGCACCUGCGGGAACUUCGGGGAUGAGUGCCGAGGAGGCCGACCGCUGGGCGUGGCUGCUGGUGCUCAGCUUCGUGUUUGGGUGCAAUGUCCUCAGGAUCCUCCUCCCGUCUUUCUCCUCCUUCAUGUCAAGGGUGCUGCAGAAGGACGCCGAGCAGGAGUCGCAGAUGAGAGCGGAGAUCCAGGAUAUGAAGCAAGAGCUCUCCACGGUCAACAUGAUGGAUGAGUUCGCCAGAUACGCCCGGCUGGAGAGGAGGAUCAACAAGAUGACGGAUAAGCUUAAGACUCACGUGAAAGCUCGGACAGCCCAGUUGGCCAAGAUCAAGUGGGUUAUCAGUGUCGCCUUCUAUGUAUUGCAGCCCGUGGGGAAGCGAGAGCACCUUAUCCACACGUGGUAUUUUGUGGGGGUGCCGGUCCGGGUCACUGGCGGUCACGCGGUGUGCGGGGGUGGACGUGCCCGUCCGCUGUCCGGGCGGGGAGCCCACCGUCCUCACGAAGCCCAGCCCAGGGAGCGCCAGCUGCUGGAGGGCUGCCCUGAUGGUGUCGCUCAUCUGGAAGUACUACUCUGUCCCUGUGGCCGUGGUGCCGAGCAAGUGGAUAACUCCGCUGGACCGCCUGGUGGCCUUCCCUACCAGAGUAGCAGGCGGCGUCGGCAUCACCUGCUGGAUUUUAGUCUGCAACAAAGUCGUGGCCAUCGUGCUGCACCCCUUCAGCUGAGAGCCCGACGAGUCCGGCUGGACGCUGCGAACGGUGGAUUUUCGCUUAUUAGAAAGCAGAGGAAUUGUAACGCCCCCGCUGGGACUGGAGCCUCCUGUUGUGCUGCUCAGAGUGACACUAACCGGCGUCGCGUGUGUGUUUUUCUUCCUCCGUUUAAAAUGUCCUGCGUUGGGCGAGCCUUUGUAUCGUAUUAUCUACUUAUUCGAAGCUGUUAGUUUUUCAUUACCGUGUUUGUAAAUGUAUUCCUGAGAUCGUAAUGCAUUGUUUUAUUCUUGACUUGUGUGUUUUAGGUUUAAAACGUUUCAAAUGAAGUGUGUUGUAUAAGCAUUUAAUAUUUAUGCUCUGUGGAAUGGAACAAACUUCAAAAACUAGGAGUUCUGAUUAAAUUAAUUUGAGUGGAUACAUUUUAAAAAACACUUCUUUACUGUUCUUUUUUUUAAUUUUGUAAUUGACAUGUAACGUAUUUGUUUCAUGAGUACAACGUAGUGAUUUUGCACUUGUACACACUGUGACAUGAUCCGCACAGCGAGUCUAGUUUCUCCGUGUAAAACACUUUUUUAUAAUUAAAGGUUUUGCAAGGGCU